UCAAUUUAUUUUACCACCAUCAAAUACAACAUCAGUCAGUACAAUAAUCUUAACGCCGAUAUCACCUGGAAUUGAAAGUGAAAGUUCAACUUUCAAUGACAGUUAUGUGAGAAUUCAGAAUGAGAAGAAUGAAAGUCCUGCAGCCGACGAUUACGAAAGUAUGGAUGAAACGGAUUUUCCACCACCACCGCCACCUUUGAAGUCAACUUUAACAGUUGAUUACAUCACAAGUGCAAAUUCAUUGCAGAAAGUUUUUUGUUGUUCGACAAAUGAUGGAAGUUCUUCUGUUCGAUUAACGCGACCGGGUUCAGCAGUUCAAAUUCAUCCUGAAAAGGAAACAAAUGAUAAGGUGGGUGAUUCUGAAGAUGAUCAAAGCACAAAUCCUGUUAAUACACCUGACGACGACUUCGGCACAAGUGAUAAUGCACCGACACCAUCACCAACGUCACCAGCACAGUUGGAAAAUCAUUUUGCACCAAACAGUGAAGAAGAUGAAGCGCAUGAUGAGAAUGAUGAUGAAGAAGAAGAACCUUCGGAUUCUCCAUCAGAACAUUCUUUAACUGCACCGACACAAAAAAGUCACGGACGUUUUAGUCCAAAGACUUACAAUGAAAUGAUAAAAUUUGUUUUCACUGAACAUGGAAUUCGAGUGAUUUCUGAUAAAGAAUAUGUCGUUUAAAUAUUUGAUUUUAAUUAACGUUAGUCAAUUGACAUUACAAGAUGAAAAGCUCCAAAUGACUUUUUUUAUUAGAAUGACAAAAAUGUGUGUCUGUUUAACAAUAUUAGACUUUAUGACGCAGUUAAAAGAGGGAAGAAAGGACUAAUGAUGAUUUAUUAUCUGCAAAGCAUCCCAAUGGAAGGUCAUGAAAGCAAGGAAAUCAAAAAACUUUCCUAACUUCUCGAAAAAAAAAUAAGACUUUAUAUCGUUCAAGUAUUUACUUAGCAAACAAAGAAAAUUUAUCCUUAUAGACACACGAAAAUAUUAAAUUUCUCUUUCUCUUAGGAUAAUAUUUCUUCCCUUUUUCCUCUCAUAUCGAUGAUAUAUAUAUAAUUAAUGAUCGGAAAUGUUUUAUCGAUAAAAGCUUUUCAAUCUCACAUAGCACAUUUUUUUUGGGUUUUACGAUGCAUGAGAAAAUUCGCGUGUGGAAAAUCGCAAGGACGAAUAGCGUCAUUUUUUAUUUUUGUCUCUCUUUCUGAAUGUUCUCAAUUGUUUAUAAAUUACGUCAAUUUAUCCUUCAUUGCAUGUACUCAGACAAAAUUUAUUAUUGAAUUAAUCUGCAAGUCUUCGUGUUGAUAAAAUUAAUUUACGAUGACGUUUUUUCUAUUUACAAAUAACUUGUACAUAAUUUAUUUGUUUCUUGUUUUUUAUUCUCCUUUUUCAUUGCACAAAGGAAAACACAACUUUACACUUUCUUCCUUUUCUAGGAAUGACACGAUGACUCACUUUGUCACUUAUUUCAUUCCUUUUUCUUUUUCUUUAGAAAUUCAACAAUUUUCAUUCAUUUUCUUUUGAUUUUCUCGUUUUCAGACAAAGCUGAGGAAAUCCAAAAGA